CCAAACUUUGCAAAGGUUUAGAUCAUAAACCAAAAAUAUAUAUAUGGUUUAGAUAUUAAAACAACAUUCUGUAACAACCCUAGAUAACAAUGAAUUUUAUUAUCAUGACAGCAAAAACAACACUGACAGUAAAUAACUAAUUGUCUGCCGUCAACUUUAAAAUGCAUUUUAAUUCGCUGCAAAAAGCAAUUAUAAUAUUUAUAAUAGUCACCACCUCACCUGCAUCUUCUUUAUACAAUUCCUCCGAUGAUGUAAUAGAACUUGACUUUAAUACGUUUAUGGAAAAUAAAAUGAAAUCAGAAUUUUGGCUUGUUGAAUUUUACGCCCCAUGGUGUGGUCAUUGUCAAAAAUUUGCACCAGAGUAUAAAAAAACCGCCACUGCAUUAAAAGGAAUUGCGAAAGUGGCAGCGAUAAACUGCGAAGAAGACAAGCGAUUAGCCCAUAAGUUUGAUAUUAAAAGUUACCCAACGAUUAUACUUUUUGGAAAUGAUGUUUAUAAAGAAUAUAAGGGGGGAAGAAGCUUGGACGAGUUGGUAAAGUUUGUUGAAGGAAAUCUUAAUGCUACAAGUGAUAAAAUACAGCUAACAGAUAAUAAUUUUAAAGAUUAUGUCUUUAAUUCAAACAAAUCUUGGAUGGUAGUGUUUUACGCCCCUUGGUGUGGUCACUGUAAAAAUUUAAAACCUCAUUGGAAGAAAGCUGCAAAUACGUUUAAAAAUGUAGUAAACUUUGCCGGUUUAGAUGCUACAAUACACAAAAAAAUGGGUAAAAAAUACAUAGACAAAGGUUAUCCUACUAUCAGAUACUUUAGAUCUGGAUCCGAUUAUAUGGGGGAUAUUUAUGAAGGAACUAGGAUUGCUGACGAUAUAAUCCAGUGGGUUCAAGAGAAAGAAUCGGAAGAUUAUACUCCCCAACUUAAAGAAAUUAUAAAUGAAGCAGCCUUAAGAGAUUCUUGUGAAAAUACUUUGCUAUGCAUUUUAUCAUUUCUUCCAAAUAUUCUUGAUUGCCAGUCGGAAUGCAGAAAUACUUAUUUAAACAUUUUAUCCGAGACAGCUAGUAUAUAUAAAAAGCAAAAAUGGGGUUGGGUUUGGAGUGAGGGUGGGGCUCAAAUUGAAUUAGAAAACGCUGUGGAAGUGGGUGGUUUUGGUUAUCCUGCUCUGGUGGUUGCUAACUAUAAAAAGUCAAAAAUAUCUGUAUUCCGUGGUUCUUUUUCCAUUGAAGGUAUUUCGGAAUUUUUAAACGAUAUACGAAGUGGGAAAGGUUCUUCAUUGGUUAUUAAAAAAGAUAAAUUGCCCAAGAUUAAUAAUGUUGUUUCAUGGAAUGGUCAAGAUAGUACAUUGCUUCUAGAAGAUGACGCAAAAGAAGAGUUGUAGUUUGUUUAUAUGAUUUAUUAUUAAUAUAAAAUGGGUAAUAAAAUUAUUUUCAAAUGUCAAUG